GCGCAUUGCCCGGGGCGGGGCGGCCUAGCGGCUGCGCACUGGGUGCUCUGGGUCCCGAUACAAGAUGGUGGCGGAGGGGAGGGCGCGGCGGAGGCGGGACGGUAGCAGGAAGCGGACCGCUCUCCGGUGCCCCCAGCCCCCGGCCUCACACGCAGCGCCCGCGGCGGGCCAGGCGCGCCCCCGCCCGCUGUGAAGAUGCGGCCGCAGCCCCGCGCAGCGCACGGCGUCGCUGGAGAGGAGCGAGAGGCCCGCGAGCCGACCCGCAAUUGUAAGUAACUGGGCGGCGCCCACGGAGCCCCGUGCGCACGGACCGUGCCCGGCGCGCGGCAGCGGCAGCGGCAGCGGGAGCGGGAGCGGGCCCUGCUGCGCUGCGUGUCCUGCCCGGCAAGGGAUCUCCAGCCCCGCCAGCGCGCCGCUGGGGAUCGCGUCUCCGCGGCAGCCGAAGCGCCCCGGCUCGGCCUGGACCAGCGGCAGCUGCAGCGCGCCCCGCGGCGCACACGCCUCUUGAUGUAACAGGCGCUCUCAGCCUGCGCGUUAGGCUGGUGUCAUUUCUGUUUGAUGCUCAUUGCAUGUGCUGAGAAAUGGCCAAUGAGAAUCACGGCAGCCCUGGGGAGGAAGCUUCUCUGAUGAGUCACUCACCUGGUACCUCUAAUCAGAACCAGCCCAGCUCCCCGAAACCCAUCCGACUGGUACAGGACCUGCCAGAUGAGCUGGUGCAGGCUGGCUGGGAGAAGUGCUGGAGCAAACGGGAGAAUCGCCCUUACUACUUCAACCGUUUCACCAACCAGUCGCUGUGGGAGAUGCCUGUCCUGGGACAGCAUGAUGUCAUUUCGGAUCCUCUGGGAUUGAAUGCCGCUCCAAUGCCUGCGGAAGGAGGAGUGGUGGAAACCACUCCGGAGAGCAAGCCAAGGAAGAGGAGACUCUCUGAGGAAGUUCAGCCCAGUGGUAAUAGCGUGAAGAAAGCUAGGGUUGAUGUUCCAGGAAACCCUACUGUGCAGCCAGUCCCCAGUUUUCCCAGUAUUCCAGGAACCCCUAUUUUAAAGAUAUGUGGUAUUACACCUGAAGAUAAACAACAGGCAGCUCUUUUACGACCAACUGAAGUAUACUGGGACCUGGAUAUCCAAACAAACGCAGUGAUUAAGCAGAGGGCACCAUCUGAAGUGUUGCCUCUGCACCCCGAGGUGGAGGUGCUUCGAUCCCAGCUUAUGCUGAAGCUACGGCAGCAUUACCGGGAGCUCUGCCAGCAGCGAGAGGGGAUUGACCCUCCACGGGAAUCCUUUAAUCGCUGGAUGUUGGAGCGGAAGGUAGUGGAUAAAGGGACAGACCCUCUGUUACCAAGCAACUGUGAGCCAGUAGUCUCUCCUUCCAUGUUUAGAGAAAUCAUGAAUGACAUUCCCAUCAGAUUAUCCCGAAUCAAGUUCCGUGAGGAAGCCAAGCGACUCCUAUUCAAAUAUGCCGAGGCUGCAAAACGGCUUAUUGAAUCCAGGAGUGCAUCACCAGACAGUAGGAAAGUUGUGAAAUGGAAUGUGGAGGACACCUUCAGCUGGCUGCGACGGGACCAUUCAGCCUCUAAGGAGGACUACAUGGACCGCCUAGAGCACUUACGUAAGCAGUGUGGGCCCCAUGUGUCUGCUGCAGCCAAGGACUCUGUUGAAGGCAUUUGCAGUAAGAUUUACCACAUAUCGCUCGAAUAUGUCAAGCGGAUCCGGGAAAAGCAUCUUGCCAUCCUCAAGGAGCACAAUAUAUCCGCCGAGGUAGAAGCACCGGAGGUCCAGGAUCGGCUUGUAUACUGUUACCCAGUGAGACUGGCCAUCUCUUCCCUACCAGUCCCCAAUGUAGAAAUGCACGUGGAGAACAAUGUCGCAUGUGUUCGGUACAAGGGGGAGAUGGUGAAAGUGAGCCGCAGCUACUUCAGCAAGCUGUGGCUUCUCUAUCGGUACAGUUGCAUUGAUGACUCUGGCUGUGAGAGGUUUCUGCCCAGGGUUUGGUGCCUUCUCCGUCGAUACCAGAUGAUGUUUGGUGUUGGUCUGUAUGAAGGAACUGGCCUGCAGGGGGCACUCCCGGUGCAUGUCUUUGAAGCCCUCCACAAGCUCUUUGGAGUGAGUUUUGAAUGCUUUGCCUCGCCCCUGAACUGCUAUUUUAAACAGUACUGUUCGGCCUUCCUGGACACAGAUGGGUAUUUUGGAUCCAGGGGCCCAUUCCUGGAUUUCUUUCCCAUAAGUGGCUCUUUUGAGGCAAAUCCUCCGUUCUGUGAGGAACUGAUGGACGCCAUGGUCUCUCACUUUGAGAAACUGCUGGAGAGCUCCAAUGAGCCCCUCUCCUUCAUUGUCUUCAUCCCUGAGUGGAGGGAUCCUCCGACACCAGCCCUGACCCGCAUGGAGCAGAGCAAGUUCAAGCGGCACCAGCUCAUCCUGCCAGCCUUCGAUCAUGAAUACCGCAGCGGGUCUCAGCAUAUCUGCAAAAAAGAGGAGAUGUACUACAAAGCCGUGCACAACACUGCUGUCAUCUUCCUACAAAACAACGCAGGCUUCACCAAGUGGGAGCCCACGCCAGAGCGGCUGCAGGAGCUCGUCACAGCCUAUAAGCACUCGGGACGGACCCUCAGUUCCACAGGUUCCUCCUCCUCCUCCUCCUCCUCCUCUUCCUCUUCCACUUCCACUUCUUCCUCAACAGCAGAUAAAGAUCGGGAGACGGGCCGAGAGCAAAGCACCAGCCGGGAGACCAAUGCCAAUUAAUCUGCAGAGGGCAGUGUGCGGGGACAGACGGCAGGGGGCAAAGGUAACCGUGCUCCAGAGGAGGGAAGGUUUGAUGUGGCAGGUGGAGAGACUGCUGUCUGAGUAGCGCCAGACCUGGGGGACUCUCUCCAGGCAGCUCCACACUGCUUGCUUUCCUCUGUAAACCUGCAAGGCCACUUCCCUCACCAGAGUCCAGGGAGAUUCCCUCGCCUUACGCUCUGGGGGAAGAAAACUGGCUGCUGCCCUAGACGAGGGGCAAUGAAGCCAAACAUCCGUCGCAGUCAUAGGAAGAGUCUGCAGUCCCUUCAAACACUAAAGCUCUGAGGAAGAGGCAGCUGGAGCUGGGACGGCUGCACAGGUGAUGGACGGACGGACGGACAGACGGACUGACAGAGCUGUGGCCUAGAAGGUCCCUGGCAGCUGGCUGAAGCCUGACAUUUCCAAGAGAGAAGCAGGCAGGGUCCAGAGGCUCUUCCUGCUGGCCUGACACCAGCCCAGCUCCGUGUCCAUAGUGUAAAUAGUUCUGUCCGUGGUGACCAUGCUCCCUGCAGGGUUUGUUUCCGUAGCAUCCAUGUUUCCUUUCCACAUGUGCGAGUUCCGUGUUUGCUGAAGCUGUUUACCAUAUAAAAGAAAAGCAGAGAAAAGGAAUUUCUUUUAGUGUGUAAAAACGUCUUUGCAGCUGUUUUGUAGUCGUUGUGGUUUUUACCCGGAGCCCUCUGGGCUUUAUUUAACCUCCUUGGGUUUUGUUUUUUAAGGAUUAAUUUAACACCGCUAACCAUUUAUUACUUUUAUCAAAGAAAGCAAGGUAAAGUCUAUUUUUGAUUUUUGUUUCCUAGUUCUUAGGGACAUUAAAAGCCAGCAUUACAGCUCC